AUGGGGCUUGCCGCGCACCGAUGGCCGCCCGUGGACGGCAUGCACGGCCUCCUGGCGCUGGACCCGGGUGAGCUGAGUACGGAACGCUUCCCGGGCCUCCGGAUAGGCCCCUCGUUGCCGGAGCGGGCUCCCGAGGGCGCUGCGCUCCUGCACGGCGAUUCAGACCUGGCCCCCGAUGUGGCCGACAGCAUCGACUGGCAGAGCCCCGACACCGCUCGCCUCCUGGAGGAGGAGGGGAUGGCUGAGCGGAUGGCCGCCGACGCCCGGCACGAGGGCCAGCGCCUGUGGCUCGCGUGCGCCGGCCACGUCAACCUGAUCCCCCUCCUGCCGCUGGAGACGGACGAGGCGGACGUUGACCCCAUCACCGACGAGGUGCUCACGGCCGACGCCGCCCUACGCGACAUCUCCCUCAACGACGCCGGCCGGCGUCGGAUCGCCAACCACGACGGCACGUCGCCGAUCCUCCGCGAAUACGCCCGUAGCCGGCGCCCUGUGGAUAUCCUGGGGGAUGAAGUCGUCGUUUGCGGGUAUACGUACCGGUGUCACUGCGAAUGCAAGCUCCACGAGUUAGACCCGGCGUCGGACGACAUCAACUACUACAUCCAGGAUCAUGAAUCAUGA